AUGUCAUCCAGCUACUGGGAGUCUACCCAGCGGAAGUUCUGGACGUUUACGAAGCAAGACCUAGCGCUAGAGCGAAAGCGAAUGGAAGAUGCAGAAAGAAAUCUCGUUAACCUGUAUCCCCUUCCGGACCGGAGACAUCUGAGUAUCUACUUCUCUCACCAACUGUCGAAGAUGGCAAGGCCCCUAGGUGUCCGGCAGCAGGCCUUGGCUACUGCACAGGUCUAUGUUCGGCGUUUCUACACCAAAGUUGAGAUACGGCGGACGAACCCGGCGCUUGUGCUGGCAACAGCCUUGUACCUGGCCUGCAAGAUGGAGGAAUGCCCACAGCACAUCAGGAUGGUGCUGGCAGAAGCGCGGCACUGCUGGGAUACUUCGUUCAACGAUGUAUCUAAAAUUGGCGAGUGCGAGUUCUCGCUGAUAUCAGAGAUGAACUCGCAGUUGAUACUCCAUCACCCAUACCGCAGCCUCGCUGAACUGCAAACCCAAUUCCAACUAACGCAGGAAGAGAAUGCGCUUGCAUGGUCAAUCAUCAACGACCACUAUCUCACAGACCUGCCUCUGCUGCACGCACCGCACGUGAUUGCCAUUACAGCAAUGUUCCUAGCAGUCGUGUUGAAACCGAUCGGCUCGCAGGUCAAUGCAGUGGGGAUGAACAACGCACUUCAAACGCUGGGCAACGCCCGAGGCGGGCAAGGAAUGCAGGCGCGGAUCCAAAAGUUAGUCGACUGGCUUGCUGAGAGCAAUGUGGAUAUCGAAGCUGUUGUCGAAUGCACCCAAGAGCUGAUAUCGCUGUACGAAGUGUGGGAAUCAUACACGGACAAGACGUGCAAAGAUCAGAUUGCAAAGUUUGUCAAGGCUAGAGGGCUUGACAAGUAG